AUGCUUAAUUUUGAGGACUGGAAGUAUUUAUCAAUUAACGUUGAUAAAUACCAUAAAUCCUCUGGAUGCCUUAAAUAUUCCUCUGAUUCCACUAAUAAUAAUAAUGCAAACGAUCAUAAAAGUGAUAAAGAGGAUGAUUUUAAUGAUUAUUUAUUAAAUAAGCCCAAGUGGCCUCCUAAGGUCAAUAUCACUAACAAUAUUAAUGGUGUAAAAAGAGUUAGCAUGUGUAAGAGUGUAGAAUUACCAUAUUGCUCAUGUAUGGAUUCUGUUACAUCAAAACGAUAUAAUUCACAGUACAUCGCACUUAACGACAUGAGUUCAAAUUCUCACUCUGAUUAUAUUUAUCGCUCGAUUAGUUCUUGUGCAGUCUUAGUUAUAGGUGCAGGUGGUUUAGGCUCUCCUUUAUUACAAUAUCUCGCUUCAUCAGGGAUUGGGUUGAUAGGAAUAAUGGAUGGCGAUGUUGUGGAGUUAUCAAACUUACACAGACAAGUGAUACAUGAUGAGCGUAAUAUUGGUAUGAAUAAAGCUCUUUCUGCCAAAAACCGUAUUCUCUCAAUUAAUGAAUCUGUAACUAUACUAGAUAUUACUUAUGAUUUUUUCUUGAAUGUAAAAGAAGCUCAUGAAAUAAUACCGUUAUAUGACGUUAUCGUAGAUUGUUCAGAUAAUCCACAGACUAAGUAUCUAAUAAAUGAUGCAUGCUUGAUGUAUAAUAAACCGUUUGUAGUUGCUAGUUGCAUUAAAUCUCAAGGGCAACUCAUGGUGUUCUUGCCUCAGACCCUAACAAACGUCUGUGAAAAGGAUUCAGAUUUGAACGAAAAAAAUGAUAGAAUGGUUUCAAAAGUUGAUCGUGAUACAGAAUCAGGUUCAAUUGGCAGUAAACUAUCAGGGCCCUGUUUCAGAUGUAUAUGCCCAGAGGAGAAUAACCCAAGCAUAAGUUAUAUAAAAAACGCAUGUAGCUUAGCUGGAGUUUUAAGCUCAUUACCGGGAGUUUUAGGCACAAUACAGGCGACUGAAGUGAUAAAGAUAUGUGGUGGAUUAUUUGAUAGGUGUCUUUCCCCGGGGAGAAUGCUGAUCUACAACGGACAGAAUCCGUACAGCCCAUUUAAAACCGUAGAAUUAUCAAGGAAUCGCAAUUGUAGAAGUUGUGGAGGAGGUGAGAUAAAGUUGUACAUGGCACCCUCUGAGGAGUUAAAGUUUAACCUUGACCGCGAUUAUUUGUCUAUUAGUCCAAGUGAAUUCGUUAAUCUAUAUUUUAACCAACUAGGAAAAGAGUUUCCAAUAAGGAUAGCAGUUACUGACACAUCAAUAUCAGUGGAUGAGGCUGGAACUGAGUAUAGAAUUGCCGUAAUCGACGUUAGGCCUGAAUCACAUUAUUACAUUUCACAUUUAACUGGAUCGAUUAACUGGCCUGUUAACACUCUAAUUAACUGCAAUGAAACCUCAUUUAGUCAUACACUGUCACUACUAACCGGAAAUUGGAAAGAUCAGAAUGUUUUGCUCCUGGCAAUUUGUAGAAAAGGAAACUCUUCAAGAAUUGCCACUGAAUUCAUGAGAAAAUUUUUGAGUAAAACUGUUAGUUAUGGAAAAUUGGGUCAAGUUUUGUGUUAUUCAGUUGCAGGAGGAUUACAAUACUUAAUUCAACAUUUCCAACUACAAAUGCCGCAUACCUAA